AUGUAUCCCGCCCUUCCAUUACAUAUUCUAACGCUAAAUGUAAGAGGUUUAGGGUCUAGAAGGAAGCAGUUUCAGCUGUUGCGUCUUUUCGAAGAAGAGAAAGUGGACGUUGCGGCAAUACAGGAGACAAAAUUAUCUACAGAUGAAGGCAUCGCGGGCGCAUUAGAACCUUUUCUUAAGGAUUACGAAAUCUGCGUUAGCCAAUACACCCAUUUCCAAGGAACAUCUCACGCACGAUUAGACAGAAUAUAUGUCUCAGGUGAUAUAAUCAACUCAAUGAGCAAUUACCAAGUCAAACCAGUUUUCUUUUCUGAUCACUGCCUGGUAUCAGUCUGCUUUGGGCCGCGCAGACUCCGAGGUGUUCAUCAGCAGUGGGAACACUGGAAGCUCAACCUGAGGCUUCUAAGUGAUGAGCAGUUUUCAACUAACAUCUCCUUACUUUUGUCGAAUACAUUGCAAAACAUUGACAUGCACAUCUUUGCAAAAUGGGAUAGUUUCAAACAAGAAGCAAAAAACCUCGCAAUCGAACGCGCUACACGCGCUACAAUUGCAUCAUAUAUAAACAAACAACAGCAGCGCGACCUUUUUAAAAAUUUAGUAACCCUUUACGAGCUUGAAUGCUUAAACCCAGGCGCGUACAGCGACGAUGUUAACAUAGUACGAGCCCAGCUUCAAAAGUAUGAAACCGAAAGGUACCGCGGAGCAUUAAUUCGCUCGCGGAAGAAACGCCUUCUCCUCGGCGAACAACCUACCAAAAGAUCUUUGGAUGACGAAAGACGUAACGCGCUGUCAAAAGAAAUAGUAGAAAUUAACAAAGAUGGUAAUAUAGUGUGCGGUUUAGUUAGUUUUGUGCGAGUGGCUGCCGCUGACGAAAGCCAGCACCACGAUGCAUCCGGUUUCGUAUAG